GUUUUAAUUCACCAACUUUGACAUUCCAUUGAAGGACACAUUCUCGAAAAUUUAGAAUUGAAGUUAUGCGUUUAUGUCAAAAGCUUGAUAACCUUUAUCAAUCAAAGACCAGAAGAUGGGUUGCAAUUGUACUCGGAAUAUUGGAGUUGUUUUGGUUUAGCGGUUAUUACUAUGGUUUCAAUUCGCUUAUUCCAGCCUGGAAAUCACUCAAGGUGUUUGCAUAUAACUGCAGUGAUACGAGUAACACUUGCAUGUAUCAUGAUUCUAUGUUUGGAAAUGGUUUUGUGGUAUGGAUUGUAACGCAAAUGUGCUUGAUAACAUUCGCUGGACUGAUCAUGGAUAGAGUUGGAUUGCGGGCAAUGAAGUUAAUAGCUAUUUGUAUGUACUUUAUCGGCACAAUGUUAUUUGCUUAUAUACAUGGUCAUACGGAGCCACUUUACUUCAUUUCUGGUAUAUUAGUUGCGCUUGGCAGCACAUCGAAUUUGAUAUGUAAUCACCAAAUUACUUCGAUGUUUCCCAAAUAUCGUGGAAUUUGCAUUUCCCUCUUAUCUGGCGCCUUCGAUUCAAGUACGCUUAUCAUAUUCAUAUUCUCUAAAACCUAUACGCGACUAUCUCUGCAAACAUCUUUCACCAUCUUAGCAGUCACCUCACUUUGUGUCGGUUUAUUUAUGGCUAUAUUUAUUUUAACUACAAAAUCGGGUGAUAUGAGCAGGUUUGCAUACAGCAAUGAAAUGGUUGACAACAGUCACUCUAAAGGACUUGAACAGGUGAAAGCUCCUUCCGAUGGUAUCAGUGGAAAUACUGAAAAGAUGUUGCCGAGUGAAGAAGAGACGAACAAUGUUGAUGUGACGAGAAGAGUCAACACAAUCAUAGAAUUACGUUAUCAAUCCUUGAAAGAUUGUAUAAUAUCCUUGCCAUUCCUGAUGAUUGCAAUAUGGUUUACGAUUGGUCUGUUUCGUUUCUCAACAUUUCUCGGACAACUGCAACGCUUGAUAUAUGAGUCGUUUGGCGACGAUGAGGCGACAGUGGACCAUUUGCUCCAAAUAUCAUCAGCAUUUUCAAUGUGUGGUUUUCUAGCGGCUCCACUUACCGGUUUCAUACUGGACACAUCACAAGCUUACUGUCGAAGAAAGAUAGCACGGAAUGCAAACUGGAACAUAGAUAGCAGUGAGUUGUACGAGAAUGGAAUUUACUACACACAUAUCUUCGGACUGGCGCCAGGUUUGUUCAUCAUGGCAGUGUGUGCAGUGUUUGUGAGUGGUUUAGUAUUUAUACCCAAAGUGGCCGCCUUCUAUGCUGCAUUUGUCUUCCUGGUGGUGUUGCGUUCACUGUUGUUUAGUGCAUCUGUUGGAUUUUGUUUAAUCGCUUUUCCCAUCCAUUACUUCGGGACAGUCAAUGGUAUAUUGAAUACGAUCGGUGGUGUGUUCAGUCUACUUCAGUAUGCAUUUCAGUACACGCCGACAGCAUCGAUAGCUAAUAUAAUUGCAACUGUUGUCACUUUCGGGCUAUUCAUACCUCCUAUUGUUCUUUUUAAGAAGAGUAGACAAUAGCCUCAGAUGAGUGAGUAACCAAGACUUCAGGGAUGAUCUUCACAGACAUUUUGUUGCUAAACCUUUCUCGCUUUCCCCACCCCCCCCUAACCGCUUGCUUUCUCCGUCUUUGUCAUUGAUGUAUUUCUUUAUUUAUUCACUGCUCGACUUAUAUCAUGAUUGAGGUGGAAAUCCUCUUUCAAACAGGCAAUCUUUCGUAUUUUUUAAAAUUUUCGACGCUUACUCUUUGCAUUAUUAUUUCUGAAUAAUUCAAGUAUCUGUUCACUAUUUUAU